AUGCGAAUUUCGCCGUGGAUUAUGUGUUUCGUGGCAGCCGCCCAGGCAGCGGAUUAUACAGGGCCAUUACGGCCUCAAGUGCACUUCUCCCCCCCUGUCAACUUCAUGAACGACCCCAAUGGCCUGUUCUACGAUGACCGCAGCGGAACAUACCACUUGUACUACCAGUACAAUCCCUCCGAGCCAGUCGCCGGAAACCAACACUGGGGUCAUGCCACGAGCCCAGACCUGUACCAUUGGACUAACCAGCCCAUCGCCAUCUCUCCCUCAGAGUCUGACGAGUAUAUAUUUUCCGGCUCGGCUGUGGUCGACGCUGAUAACACGUCGGGGUUCUUCCCAGACCAGGAGGAUGGCGUUGUGGCUAUCUACACUGUUGACGCCCCUGACAAGGAGACUCAGCAUAUCGCCUAUUCCACGGAUGGAGGAUACACGUUUACUAAGUAUGCGGAUAACCCUGUUAUCGAUAGCACGUCGAAGGACUUUCGAGACCCCCAGGUGACAUGGCAUCAUGGCACGCAGCGAUGGGUUAUGGUUAUCGCGUAUGCGGCGGACCGGGUCAUUGGGUUUUACACCUCGUCGAAUCUGAGAGAAUGGGAACAUGCUUCGAAUUUCACGCAGGCUGGCCUGCCGGGGGUGGAAUUCGAGUGUCCGAAUCUGGUCGAAUUCCCCGUUAACCAAGCUCUCGCGCACAAGGGAAAGAAACAUGUGCUAUUCAUCUCAGUCAACCCCGGGGCACCACUGGGCGGGUCAGGCACAUUCUACGUGGUGGGCGACUUCAACGGCACCCAUUUCGAGUCCGAGACGCCGCACGCGCCGCUGUACGAUUUCGCGAAGGAUAACUACGCCGCGCAGUGGUUUUCGGGCAUCCCCGCUGGACAACCCCCCGUGUCGAUUGGCUGGGCGAGCAACUGGGAUUAUACGGAGGAGGUUCCGACGGGAAAGAGAGAGGGCUGGAGGAGUGCUGCGACGUUGCCGAGGACGCACACGCUGACCCAGGUCGACGGGUCCUGGGUCGUGACCCAUAGCCCUGCUGAUGGUCUCGCCCCUGUGAGAGGGGCCCAGCUCGGGAGUUGGGAUCUACAAUCUGGGGAUAAUGGCACGACAGUAGACUUCUCCCAUGUUUCGUCGAAGGCUGUCUACUUGGAGGUGGCGAUCGAGGAAAUCAACCCCCUGAGCCCGGUCGGAGAGGUCGUUUUCAGGAUUAGUUCCUCGACGUCGGGGGAAUCCCUCGAUGGAGGACUGCGCUUGAACCAGAACCGCUUCUGGAUCAGUCGUGCUGGGACGCAUCUCUUUACCAGCCAGGAUAACGGGAACUAUACGUCUGAGUUUCAUACGGCCGUGUCUGUCGAGACGAGUUCAUUCCGCUUCUCCGCGGUUGUCGAUCACUCUGUUUUCGAGGUCUUCGUGGAGGAUGGGAGCCGCAGUGGGACCAUGUCGUUCUUUCCGACCUCACCGCUAGAUAUACUGGAUGUUUCUGCGAGGGGACUGGAGGCCGGGAGUCGGGUGAGUGUGGAUGUGUGGGGACUGCGAGGAGUGUGGGAGUAG